AUGGACAAGUCCAAAAAUGAGGUCUUUCACAACGUUCCCCUCGGGAGAGUUCUUGCCUCGUUUGCCGACUCAGCUGUUAUCUGGGAGCACCAGAGUUCUGGAAUCGGAAUGUCACGGAAUGCUGGAAUCGGCAUGAGCGAAUUAGUGUUUGGAGAACAGUGCCUGUUUGUGCUUGGAUGCUCCAGAUUGCCUCCAGGAGGUAGUGAGGGUCAAGGUCGGAUUCUCCAGCGUUUCCCAGAGAAGGACUGGGAAGAUAACCCCUUUCCUCAGGGCCUUGAGCUGUUCUGUCAGCCCAGUGGAUGGCAGCUGGUUCCAGAGAGAAAGCCUCCGUCUUUCUUUGUGUCGGUUCUCACAGACAUCAACUCCGAGCGGCAUUACUGCGCCUGCUUCACCUUCUGGAAGUCCGUGGAGAACCCGCAGAAAGGAGAGCCCAGUGAGGCCGAUGAAGAUGACAGUCCAGACGUGCUCCAGCCCGCUCAACUAUACGCUCCUAAAAGCCUGGUUCUCGUGUCCCGUUUGGACCACACUGAGGUUUUUAGGAACUGCUUGAGUCUAAUCUACACCGUUCAUGUGGAUGGCCUCACCGUUCCUAUGGAAACGGUGAUCGGAAACCUUCUCACUUGCAUCAUUCCUAUAGCUGGAGGCUCUCAGAUAAAUUACCCCCCUCUUUGUAGUUUAACUGACUGGCUACUGGGUUGUUUCCAGCCGGGCCAGGACGACAGAGAGGAGAGCUCGAGGACCAUUACGCUCGGCGCGGGCGACAGGCAGGUUAUCCAGAUGCCCAUAAACGACUCCCUGCCUGUGAGCGGCUGCAGCGUGGCCCAGCUUUUCAGACAGCUUGGAAUCGUGAAUGUUCUCUGUCUGUUCUGCGCUGCUCUGACGGAGCACAAGAUCCUGUUCCUCUCCAGCAGUUACCAGCGUUUAACGGAUGCCUGCCGAGCUCUCCUGGCCAUCAUGUUCCCACUCAAAUACAGUUUUACAUAUGUUCCCAUCUUACCGGGAAAGCUGCUGGAGGUGCUCAGCACUCCGACGCCCUUCAUCAUAGGAGUCAACUCACACUUCCGCUCAGAGACCCAGGAGCUGCUCGAUGUAAUCAUUGCAGACCUGGAUGGAGGGACGGUCACCAUUCCUGAGUGUGUCCACAUAUCCCUGCUGCCCGAGCCACUUCUUCAUCACACACAGACCGUCAUCUCAAUGGUUCUCGAUCCAGAGCUGGAAGUGGCUGAUCAUGCUUUUCCUCCAUCUUCCGUUCAACUAGCCACACUUAAAAUUCAGGAUAAGGAGAUCCGCGCUGUCUUCCUGUGGCUGUUCGCACAUCUCUUUCAGGGCUAUCGAUGGUGUCUGCAUAUAAUUCGCAUCCACCCUGAACCCGUCAUACGCUUCCAUAAGGCUGCAUUUUUGGGGCAGAGAGCACUAGCUGAGGAUGACUUCUUGAUGAAGGUGCUCGACGGCAUGGCCUUUGCUGGGUUUGUGUCUGAGCGGGGUCCUCCGUACCGAGCCACAGACCUGUUUGACGAUCUUAUAGCCAAUCAGGUGGAGCGCAUUCGACAGGAGACAGGAGAUCCUCACAAAGUGAUGAAACACAUUAAGGAGCUGGCUGAGCAGCUUUUCAGAAAUGAAAACCCAUACCCAGCAGUAACCAUGCACCGAGUUCAGAGAACAGCUGAAAACGCACAACCCCGGCUCCCACAGACCUCUUUCCCGCACCUGGACGAGGUCUCCGUGCAGCUCUUUAUAGACCACGCAGCGGCAAAACUCAAAACCGCCCCACCUGUGGUUAAGGCCGAACUGAAGGGCAUGGUCCCGACAGGACCUCCACUGGCUGACAUAGUGGACAGGAACGGGAAUGUUCUGGCCAACAGCGCCAGGAGGUUAGAGGUGGUCAGGAACUGCAUCACAUACAUUUUCGACAACAAGAUGCUGGAAGCCAAGAAGUUAAUGCCGGCAGUGUUACGGGCUCUGAAAGGUCGGGCGGCGCGCGUCUGUCUGACCCAGGAGCUCAACCUGCACGUGCUGCAGAACAGGGCCGUUCUAGACGACCAACAGUUUGACUACAUCGUCCGCAUGAUGAACUGCACCCUGCAGGAUUGCUCACAUAUGGAUGAACAUGGUAUUGCUGCUGCCCUGCUGCCAUUGGUCACCGCCUUUUGUCGGAAACUGGGUGGAGGCAUCACUCAAUUCGCCUACAGCUGCGUUCAGGAGCACAUGGUGUGGACGAACAUGCAGUUCUGGGAGGCCAUGUUUUACAGUGAUGUUCAGAAACACAUCCGGGCCCUGUACCUGGAGAACGGCGAGGAGGGAGACACAUCCAGCCCUAAGCAGCUGAGCGCCCUGGAGUUGGCGUCUGAGCAGAGUCGUCUGUGGCCCACGCUGAGCAAAGAGCAGCAGCAGGAGCGCGUUCAGAAGGAAGAGAGCACGGUUUUCAGUCAGGCCAUCCACUAUGCCAACCGCAUGAGCUACCUGCUGCUGCCACUCGACACCAGCAAGAACCGCCUGCUCCGCAACACUGGCCUGGGAGACGUGGAGAGCGUCAGCAACAGCUACGUCACCAACAGUAUUGCGGGCAGCAUGGCAGAAAGCUACGACACAGAGAGUGGCUUUGAGGAUGCUGAGAGCUCGGAUGUUGCGAACUCUGUCGUUCGGUUCAUCAACCGCUUUGUUGACAAAGUGUGCAACGAGAGCGGCGUGACCAACGAACACCUGAAGGCCCUUCACACAAUGAUACCCGAUAUCGUUCAGAUGCACAUCGAAACAUUGGACGCGGUUCACAGGGAGAGCAAACGACUGCCGCCCAUCCAAAAGCCCAAGCUUUUGAGACCAACGCUGCUCCCCGGUGAGGAGUUUGUGAUGGACGGCAUGCGGGUGCACCUUAUAACAGAUGGCCGAGAGGAAGCCACGGGCGCCAUGGGUGGUCCGCCCCUGCUGCCUGCCGAGGGAGCCAUCUUCCUUUCUAACUACCGCCUCAUAUUCAAGGGAACGCCAACCGACCCUCUCGUUGGAGAGCAAGUGGUCACCCGCUCCUUCCCCAUCGCCUCCCUCACGAAAGAGAAGCGGAUCUCUGUUAACCUCCCCAUGGAUCAGUUAGUCCAGGAGGGUCUCCAGCUGCGUUCCUGCACCUUUCAGCUGAUGAAGAUCGCCUUUGAUGAGGAGGUGGCGUCAGAUCUCGCGGAGGUGUUCAGGAAGCACAUGCAUAAGCUCAGAUACCCACAGCACGUCCAGGGCACAUUUGCCUUCACCGUGGGUCAGUCUGCAAAGCUGGCGGUGGAGCACAAGACCAAGGACAAGAACCAGUCGCUAAAAACGCUGUCUAAAAACCUUGUUAAAUCCGCAAAGAGGACCAUUGGGCGUCAGUAUGUAACCCGGAAGAAGUAUUCUCCACCAACCUGGGAAAACCGCAGCAGUUUUCAGUCAGAGAUGGACGAGGAUGAGAUCUCUGUGUCUGAAGAGCCGGACCAGAGUUCACUCACGCUCUCCUCCACCAUCCGCUCGUCAGACCGGCAGACCAUGAGUAAUGUGGUCGAGCGGGCCUGCUGUCGGGACUACCAGCGGCUGGGACUGGGAACGCUCAGCAACAGCCUGACCCGCUCCAAAAACGAGCCCUUCCGGAUCUCCACCGUCAACCGGAUGUACACGGUCUGCCGAAGUUAUCCAGGGUUACUGAUCGUGCCUCAGAGCAUCCCCGAUUCCACCAUCCAGCGCAUCUGCCGCUGCUACCGGCAGAACCGCUUCCCUGUGGUGUGCUGGAGGAACUCACGCACCAAAGCUUUGCUGCUGCGCUCGGCCGGCCUGCAUGCUAAAGGCGUUGUGGGCUCACAAUUAUACAUAUUUAUGGUAUAAAAGUAAACAUGUUUGUGUUUGGUUUCAGGCCCGUCGCAGGCCGACUCCACCAGCCUGGAGCAGGAGAAGUAUCUGCAGGCUAUCAUCAGCUCCAUGCCCUCAUACAGCGAGGCCAGCGGGAGGAACACGCUCAGUGGCUUCACCUCCUCGCACAUGAGCAACUCAGACUCAUCAGACAAGCUGAGGCAGCCUAAAAUAGGAGCUUUAAUGAAACAAGUCAUGGGGACUAAAGAGGAUGUGCCAGGAACCUUCAGUCGAGGAGCGCUGGGUCAGAGGGCAAGGGUCAUCUCCCUCUCUCAGCCUAGAGUUUCUGUCAAGGCCCGCAACUCGCCUAGAGGAAAAUGGGGCAGUAUUCGUGGUAGUGGGCGGCUCAGCACGUAUAACCCUGAUGUGGGGAACAGGCUGGCUGGGAAAGAGUCCCCCCAGACUAAUGGAGGCCCAUCCGAGACCUAUUUCCUUCGCCAACAGAGGGCGUACCUCUACAUCAUUGGAGACAAGUCCCAGCUCAAGGGUGGAAAGCAGGACUCCUUCCAGCAGUGGGAGGUGGUGCCUAUCGAGGUCUUUGAUGUACGGCAGGUGAAGAACAGUUUCAAGAAGCUGAUGAAAGCCUGUGUGCCUUCCUCACCCAACACUGAACCAAACACAAACAUGAACUUUCACCGCUGCCUGGAGGAAUCGGAGUGGAUGAAUCUGCUUCACAAGGUUUUACAGGUGUCCGUUCUUGUUGUGGAACUCCUGGACAACGGUUCCUCCGUCAUGGUUAGUUUGGAAGAUGGCUGGGAUGUCACAACACAGGUGGUGUCCCUGGUGCAACUUCUGUCGGAUCCAUACUACCGAACAAUUGAUGGUUUCAGGCUGCUUGUGGAGAAAGAGUGGUUGUCGUUCGGUCAUCGAUUCAGCCACCGUGGAGCCCAGACGCUAGCCAGCCAGAGCAGUGGAUUCACACCUGUCUUCCUACAGUUCCUUGACUGUGUGCACCAGAUCCAUCUACAGUUCCCCAUGGAGUUUGAGUUCAGUCAGUACUAUCUGAAGUUCCUAGCCUACCACUACGUCUCCAACCGCUUCCGCACCUUCCUGCUGGACUCCGACUAUGAGCGCAUAGAGCUUGGUGUCUUGUAUGAGGAAAAAGGUGAGAGGAAGAACCCUCAGGUGUGCAAGUCUGUCUGGGAUUACAUUGACCGGCUCAACAAGAAGACCCCCAUAUUCUACAACUACAUGUUUUCACCUGAGGAGGAGGAGGUCUUGAAGCCCUACAGUUUUAUCUCCAACUUGAAGGUUUGGGACUUUUACACAGAGGAAAUGCUUUCUGAGGGUCCGUCCUUUGACUGGGAAUUAGUGCGGGGUCGGCCGGAGAAGCCACAGGAGGAAGCUGGUGAUAGACAGGAGACGACGGCCCCCAAGUCCCAGCGGAGGAUCGUCUGGCCUUGCUAUGACAGCCUCAGUAAAGUACUACCUGAUGCCAUCACCAAACUCUUGCAGGAUGUGCAGAACCUGGAAACUGAGUUGGGACAACCAACGGAAAAAUGGAAAGACACAUGGGACAAGAUUAAGGCGGCCCAACGGGUUGAGUCCAGACUAGAGAGCAGGCACUCCUUCUCCAGCUCUCUGCUCAUGUCGUCUAAUCUGAGUCACCAGCGUCGCUCUCAGGGUGUGUAUCUGCAGGAGAGCGGGGUCGGCUCCUCCAUCAACCUGGCACUGGACUGUGAGGUCAGUGCCACAUCCACACCUGCAGCUGGUCGACCCAGUACCAGCACGCUCUACAGCCAGUUCCAGAGCACUGAGAGCGAGAACAGGAGCUUUGAGGGUAUUUUAUACAAAAAAGGCGCGUUGCUGAAACCUUGGAAACCGCGUUGGUUUGUACUGGAUAAGACCAAACACCAGUUGCGAUACUAUGAAACAAGGCAAGAUAAAGACUGUAAGGGAGUAAUUGAUCUAGCUGAAGUGGAAUCUGUCUUUCCGGGGACGCCCACCAUGGGAGCACCUAAAAACAUAGAUGACAAAGCCUUCUUUGAUCUCAAGACGACCAAAAGAGUGUAUAACUUCUGUGCCCAGGACAGCACAAAUGCACAGUUAUGGAUGGACAGUAUUCAGAGUUGCCUAUCUGAUGCGUAGGGGGAGGAGCUUUGCAGAGGACAGAACUGUGACACUUUGUGGGGGGCGGAGCCAGUGACGGACAGUGCUCAUAGCCAAUGGGCAGCGCUUCCCUGGUAUUUACAGAGGGAAGUUGGAACGGGCUUCCGUAUUGGUGGUAAUGAACUUUACGAUGUCGCACCUCACCACAUUUCAGCGUUUUUUGUUUUAAAAAAACAUGUCGAAAAUCUACUAAAAACGAAGAAAUCCCUUAAAGACUGAUAUCUGUGGACUCACCCAUGCUCGGCUUGUUUUAAACACACCCAUUCGCCCUGGAUGUUGUCCUACGCUUGUUCAAAAAGGCAUGACCUGCGAUUCUUCAUCCCAUAUUGCUCAAAUACUGCCAAUGGCACGUUUCAGCUAUGCAGGGGCCCAAAAAAAUGCCCAAUAACUAGCCACAGCUCACAAAAGAGUGACCUUUAACCCCUUCUGAUCUCCUUACUGUCACUUUGCCACUGCUUGGAGUCGUCCAUCAAGUCUGGACUCGCACAUGACAAAUUCUGCCUUCUCAUUGGAUGGUCAAGUUCUCUCGCUCCCUUCUGAUUGGUUGGCUUCAUCCAUGCAAACGGUUCAUGAAGGAUUUUAUGUUUUCUUUUACAUUAUUUCCAUCAGAAUAAUAUAAAAACGUUCAUUCUCGUCACAUUUGACCAAGUCCAAACAGUCAUCAAGAUGCCAUCUGGAGAUUCAGAUUUGACUGUUUACAAACUAAAUUCUUGGGUUCUUCCUAUGAAAAUGAAAACCACUAUUGCUAUAGAGAAUUUAAUGGAUGUUGAAGGAAAAGGAGGGAUGUGUUUUGUCAUAAUUUAUGCACAAAAAUAAAAUUCUUAGAUUUUUAGAAGACGAAAAACGCAGACUAAAAGGGGGGAAACGGUGUGUGGAUGGGUUUUAUAACCUCUUCGUUUCAUCAAGUGUCUGUUUACACCAAUCAGAGGCCAGAGACUGGAGCUGCUCGCCAUGACACCUGGAUUCGGCAUCAUUUCCUGUAACAAAAAUAUGCGAAAUGUAAAUAUGCAUUCUAAAGGGGUACAAACUCUCAAUUGGAAAUGUAUUAUUGGAUCUGAAUGAGAUAUCACACCUGCCAUAUCUUAUUUAGUGAGCUUUUUUUCUACUGAAAAACUGAAUCAGCCUGUUCCAAAAUCAAAUGCCGGUUGUCAUGCGCUUCUGUUCUCUAGCCUCUGUGCCCUGGAUCUGUCAGAAUCAGUGUUUUAGUUAGUCUGUUACCUGUUCUGUUGAAUCCUGUACAUAGAGGAGUUUGUUUAUAUUAUUCCUUUACAGAAAGAGUCUAUUUUGCUGGACUUGGUGAGGAUGCAUAAAAGUAUCACCUGUUUAUCACAGGACUGCGCUGUUGCAGGGUUGUUGUUGUUUUUUUUAAAAUUCCAAAUACAAGAACUAACAUACACAAACACAUGGUGUAAAAUAGGGUAAUACUUCAGAAUUGUUGACAACGAAAUUUGAAUUGUAGAUUUUUGUUCCAAUAACUCCCUUGUAUAUAAUACUCAAAUAUGUAUGUUAAUGGUAGUAAUUUAUUUAACUUUGUCUCCAGAAUAUGACAGUCCUCAGAGCACCACUUAACUUUUAAAUUAGAAAUCCAAUAUGUGCCAUUGUUUAUCUCUGUUAACUUGACUAAUAAUAUAUAUAUUUUUUGGAAACCUUCAGAUGUGACUCAUAAAUAAACCCUACAUUUUUUUUUUUUCCUCUUUAAAAUGAUACUUGCCAAGUACAAGUUCACGUAAUUUGAGUCCUAGGAUGUGGCAGGUUUCAUAACAUUUGAGCAAAAUUAUAUCAAAAACUGCAUAACAUUUUUAAUUAUUUAUUUUUCAUACUUUUUUAAAUUCGAUUUAUUUCAUCUGAUCCAGGUUGUGUUGUCAAUCAUGCCAUAUAUUUUUUAGGAUUAAACCACUGUGGGGUUCAUGGCCUCCUGACAUUU